AUGGAGAAUGUGGAGUCGGUCUCGCUGCCGCCGGGAGCGCACUUUGUCAUGACGGUGAAGAACAGCGUGGGUGAGGAUGUGCGGGAAGGGGUUGUGAUUGACCCGGGGGAGCAGCACGACCUGGACAACAGCCGCGGCACAGCCAACUUCUGCCUCAAGUGGGACCGCAGCGCCAAGCACCAGGCAUACCUGAAUGUGGAGGCGGUGAAGGGCGUGACGAGAGACAUCAAGGCUGAGGAUGCCGACAAGUUUGUGCCGGUGAUGGGGUUUGAGUGCCGAGGGCUGGAGCCUGUGAGCUACCAGCCGGGGGUGUUCAUCGUGAAGAGCAGAGGGGGGCAGACAUUUGAGGCGGACUUGAGCGAGGGGGAGUGGGCAGACUUUGAUGAGAAGCUUGGGGAGAGUGUGAGCAUCAUGGGGGUGGAGUCCAGCUUCACGACGCACAAGAAGUGA